GAAGGAUAAAUUAGCAGCCGCGUAACUAUGAUAAAUUUAAAUAUUUAAGUGCUGCUAAUAAGCCUAAAACAUGUACAAGUAAAGCAAGUAAAUUUAGCGCAAUUCGUGCAAGGCGCGCGCGCUUCGAUUUCGAGCAGUGGUAGGCGCGCGUACAUUCGCUUACGGGUGACCCAACGGUUGUGCGCCCAGCGUCUGGCACAUAACGACCGCCAAAAGCCCUGCGCUUCAGCGCCCCUCCCUCCCGCCCCCUCCAGCGGCGCUGCAGCAAUGACAGUAGCUCACAAACAGCUCUAAAAAGCUCAGUUCAAUUCACAGCCGCACGCUUGAAUUCAGUACAGCUCAGCUAUGCUUGGUGCGCGCUCUACCCGUGUGCGUUUGAAAUUCAUUCGCGCUUGUCAAACUGGCAGUUAGUUGUUGGCUUAUCGCGUAGUUACAAGAAAAAAUACAGUACGGCGUGAAGGGUUUUGAACUACUGACAUACUGAAAAGUGAGUUGAAACAAUAUCCAAUUUCGUGGUUGAAAACAAACAAAGUGGAGUAAGAAUUGCUCAACGCUGGGCGUGCCGCCGCGGUCUUCCCAAUCAGCUCCACCCGCGUGUCAAUGUUCUCACCGUGCAAAGCGUCGUGGUGUCGCCUCGCCGUUUGGCUCGCAGCCGGUGGAAUUAUCUUGCUGGUGGUUUUGGUGCUCGUCGUCUUAGCCAUCUUCGGUAGCCAUCCAUGCGCUGGCGCGCUGGAGAAUUGCGACGAGUUCAGAGCCAUUUGUGCCUCGUAUAACGGCGAUCAUCAGUUCUUCUACAGCCAUUGUGAUAUGUUGCGCGAGAAUUGCUUGACUGGCAGCGAUUGGCAGCGAGAUCACUACAAUCAUUGCAAUGUGAAUGUUUAGUCACCGCUACUGCUUUAAGUUCCACGAAUGUCAAUUAAGUUAUGUAGAAGUUAUGUUAGUAAUUUAAAGAAAUCAAUUAAAACCGCUUACACUUGUGCUCAUCCCAAAGGCUAUAACUGUAUUUUAAAUGAGAGAAUGCUGAUUCAAGUAUGUAUGUUCUAAAUACGAAGGUAGCUAUUGCUUGUUUUAUAAAAGCUUAUAUAACAUCAACAAUUAUUAUAUUAACAAUAUUAUGCAUGUUUAGCUAUUUUUUUCGCUCGUAAUAAAUUAUUAAGAAAAAAGUUUUGCAAGAAAUAUGUAUUAUUAGUAUUAGUUCGAAUAUAUUGACGCGUACCAAAAAAAAAAAUGAAAUCAAAUACCAAAAUAUUAUUUAUAAAUACUAUAAGCAUAUGUUUGUUAUAGAAAAUAUGUAUAAAGAAUUGUUUUAAUAAGUAAAUAUAAAUUUAUUUUGCCGAAAUAAAAUUUAUUUUUAAAAACUA